AUGGGCGACUCCAAGAUGGGCGACUCCAAUGUGUGCGAGAAGUGUGGUACAAGGCGCCGUGACCAAGGCGAACAAUUUCGGGCUUUUGUUGUCAAAAAUGUCUUGGGGUUCAUUGUUAUGACUAUAUGCUUUGUACUACUGAAAAUGUUCUUCCCGGGUGCUCUUGCGCAGCCUUUAAGCAAUUAG